GCCACAGACAUUUAGCCAUUUACUACUCCCAAAAAUAUGUCACCAACUCCAUUGUCCAUUCCCCCUCUUCCUUUCUUCCCCAAACAACACCUUAUCAAAUCCUCAAACCUCCAUAGCCAAACCCUCAAAGAACCUUCAUUUCAUUAUCUCUCCUCAUCCCCCAUGAAGAAGCUCUACAGAAAAGGCACAGUUUUCCCAUCUCCCCCGCUGGUUUCAGACCAGCUAGCUUUCUUGCCAGCCGCAAUCUUCACCCUCACAGCAGCCCUCUCCCAAGAAGAUAAACAAGUCUUGGCUUAUCUCCUUUCUUGCCCUUCUGGAAACUUCUCAACCACCCACAAAAACUCCUCCCCCUCCGGCAAGGGCGGCGGCGGCGCUGACCAUCCGCCGUCAUUCAACUGUUUCUGCUUUAACUGCUACCGGAGUUACUGGGCCCGGUGGGACUCUUCCCCUAACCGUCAACUCAUAGAUGAGAUCAUAGAGGCCUAUGAAGAUGGGUUGCAGAGCAAGAAAGAGAAGAGCAAGAGAGAAAGAAGGAAGAGUAAUAAAGGGUCUUGUAGUAAUAAGGAUGAGCUGAGAAAGUCUGAGGUGGUGAUGGGUUUGAAUAAGGAUGAUUCCGGUGAGGCUGACGAGGCGGCGGCGCUGCCCAGUCACGGCGGCGGCGAGGGAGAGGAGGAGGGAAGUGAAAAAGGGUCGGUGAGGAGGCUUGUGAGUUUUCUUGGAGAGAAAAUUUGGAGUGUUUGGACCUGAGAAUUAAAAAGGUUGGUUAAGCUUCUUCAAUUCUUCUACUAUCUUUAUCUUCUGUAUUUCUGUGCUGCAAAAUCUGUAAAGUAGCCUCUCUUCCCAGUGUAAAAUAUGGCUGGUUUUGAAUGAACACAUGAGAUUGUUCAUAUCUUCAACCCCUGUUUGAUUGCAGAAGCAAAAGAAGUUAAUUUUCUGGAAUUCUUCUAGUAUUUUUGGUAAA